AUGAACAACAACGAUAACAACAACAUCAACAAAGACACUACCAUAGGAAUCCUCGAUUCCCGCUUCAACCAAACCCUCAGAAAUGUUCAAGGGUUACUCAAAGGUCGUAGUAUUCCGGGGAAAAUAUUAUUGAGCCAGAGGGAUCCGAUCGAUAAUUCGAGUUUAUACUCGCCGACUUACCAGAGGAGUUCGUCGUAUAGUGAUCCCGGUACAAGUAAUCGUGCAAUUGAGACAGUAGAGGAGGAAGUUCAAAGUGGAAGCAAACCGUUUGGUAGUACGAGUGAUAAUAAAUCGAAAACAUCGACCUUGCAUGUAGAGAAUCCGCCUGAAGAAGUCCGGAAAACUUCCAUGGGUGCCAGAGCUACUGAUUCUGCAAGAGUUAUGAAGUUCACAAAGGCGCUUUCGGGAACAAUGGUUAUAUUAGACAAAUUGCGUGAAUUAGCUUGGAGUGGUGUUCCGGAUUAUAUGCGUCCUACAGUGUGGAGAGUUCUCUUGGGAUAUGCACCAACUAAUUCAGAUAGAAGGGAGGGAGUUUUGAGAAGGAAGCGGCUUGAGUAUCUUGAUUGUGUUUCUCAGUAUUAUGAUAUUCCUGAUACAGAGCGAUCAGAUGAUGAGAUCAGCAUGCUUCGCCAGAUUGGCGUUGAUUGUCCAAGAACUGUACCUGAUGUUUUAUUCUUCCAACAACCUCAAGUUCAGAAAUCACUGGAGCGUAUUCUUUACGCAUGGGCCAUUCGGCAUCCAGCAAGUGGAUAUGUUCAGGGGAUAAAUGACCUUGUCACGCCAUUUUUUGUUGUUUUCCUAUCUGAAUACUUAGAAGGGAGCAUAGAUAAUUGGACAAUGUCCGAUUUAUCUUCAGAUAAAAUCUCUAAUGUAGAGGCUGAUUGCUAUUGGUGCUUGUCAAAAUUGCUUGAUGGUAUGCAAGACCAUUACACAUUUGCUCAACCGGGAAUUCAAAGGCUUGUCUUUAAGUUGAAGGAAUUGGUCAGGAGGAUUGAUGAUCCUGUUUCAAGCCAUAUGGAGAAUCAGGGACUGGAAUUUCUUCAAUUUGCUUUCCGCUGGUUCAACUGUCUUCUAAUCCGCGAGAUACCCUUCCAACUUGUCACGCGCCUUUGGGACACAUAUCUAGCCGAAGGAGAUGCCUUACCUGACUUCCUUGUGUAUAUAUUUGCAAGUUUUCUUCUUACGUGGUCAGACGAAAUUCAGAAGCUUGAUUUUCAAGAGUUGGUAAUGUUCCUUCAACAUCUUCCAACUCAGAACUGGACUGAGCAGGAGCUGGAGAUGGUACUCUCUCGAGCGUUUAUGUGGCACAGCAUGUUCAACAACUCUCCUAGCCAUUUUGCUACCUAA